UGUGCAUAUGCAUGACACCUAAAACACAUAGAAAAACCUCAUAACAUCCUUUUUGAGAAUUUCAUUUAUAGAAAAGGAUUACAGAAGAAAGAGAAAAAAACAUCAAACAGCUAAUGAUGGAAUGAUUCUCUUCCUCUUACUAAGCCACUCUCUUUUUUAUGUUAGCUCAAAUUCAUUAGCAGCAAAGAGUUUCUGGAGGCUCUAUAUAUAGAUAAGGGCCGCCGAAGAAUAUUAGAACAAAACAAGAAGAGAAGAGGGAAAUCAAGAAAAGAUGAAUAUUCAACAGGAAGUUCUCCUUCAAAAGCAGCAAUAUUCUUUAGCUCCAUCUUCAUCUAUGGUUCAAACUCAAGCUCAAGCUGCACCAACAAAGAAGAGAAGAAAUCAACCUGGCACUACACCAUAUCCAGAUGCAGAAGUGAUAGCUUUAUCACCAAAGACACUAAUGGCAACAAACAGAUUCUUAUGUGAGGUAUGCAACAAAGGAUUCCAAAGGGAACAAAACUUACAACUACACAGAAGAGGACACAAUUUGCCUUGGAAACUAAAACAGAAGAAUACAAAAGAAGUAGUAAAACGCAAGGUCUAUCUUUGUCCUGAAAUCACAUGUGUACACCAUGAAACUUCCAGAGCAUUAGGUGAUCUCACUGGGAUUAAAAAACAUUACUUCAGAAAACAUGGUGAGAAGAAAUUCAAGUGUGAGAAAUGUUCCAAGAAAUAUGCAGUUCAGUCUGAUUGGAAAGCUCAUACAAAAACUUGUGGCACUCGUGAAUAUAAAUGUGAUUGUGGCACUAUUUUCUCAAGGCGUGACAGUUUCAUCACACACAGAGCUUUUUGUGAUGCCUUGGCUCAGGAAACUGCAAGAAAUCCAGUACCAAAUUUUAGCACAAUUGGCAGCCAUUUAUAUGGAAGUAAUAGCAACAUAAAUUUAGGCAACUUCUCCAAAAUGCAGAAUUCCACAAUUUCUGAUCAAAAAUUGAGUUUGGGCAAUACUAAUCACAACCUCAUUGGUACAUCCAAUAUUGGCUCAAGUACUAGUAAUUCCUUUUUCUUUCAAGAAUCCAAUCAAGAUUAUGCCAACAUUAAACCAAUCCAUAGCCUAAUGCAACUCCCAAAUUUUCACAACAACAAUAUGUUUAACCUCAACUUUUUCCAGAAUAAUGAUGGCAAUAUCAAUUUGCCCAGUGGAAUUUUGGGUGAUCAAAAUAUUAGUUGUUCAAUCCCUUCUCUCUAUGGUUCACAAGUUCAGAACCAUAAUCUUAAUAAUACUACUUCUUCAGUUGCACCAAUGUCAGCCACUGCACUUCUUCAAAAGGCAGCUCAAAUUGGAUCUACUACAAGUAAUAUUAGCACUACUGCCUCAUUGCUGAAAGCCUUUGGAAAUAGUACUAAUGGUGGUAAUUCAUCCUCUAGUGGCACAAAAUCUGAUCAUCAAGCUGUCAACUUUGGCGACAUUUUCAGUGACCAUAGUGAGAACCACUUGCCUGAAAUCAAUGGCGAAGCCGGGAAUUUCGGUCCGACCGGUGACAUUGUGAAUGUUUUCAAUGCUUAUGGACAUGACCAAAAUGACUAUGGAGGAGGAUACAACAAAGCAACCAAGUUGAACUUUGAGCAGCAACAGCACCAAUUACCACUACAGAAGAAACAGUUAACUAGAGAUUUCCUUGGAGUUGGAGAGAUAGUAAGAAGAAGUAUGAGUGGGGGAUUUAGUAGCCAAAGAGAGCAACAGCAACAACAGCAAAGCAAGCAGGGUUUUGCAAGUGCUGGAAAUUUUCAGUGACUUUCAAGAAAAGGUGAAAAGUUCAAGGACGACAAAAGGAAAGCACAAAAAAGUACAGGGUAUCUUAGUCUGAAAGGAGAAUUUUUUAACUGAUGAAGCAGAUAGCUGUAGUUUGAAGUCUUCUUCAAGAUUUUAGCAGACAAUAUAUUUAGAAAAACUUGUUUCUGGAGUUGUUGUUGUUCUUUUUUCCUUUUUGUCCUUUAAUUGCUAAGGUUUUGUUUUUCAUUUUGUUUAUAUAUAUAGUCCAACUCUAUUUUAUUUAGUC